AUGAUUGAUGACGAUAAAGUGAAGUUGGCAACCGUUUUUGCCACACUGACACAGAAAAUAUCUCCGCCGCUUCCCCACAAAGUGGAACGGAACGAGGACUCGGAUACUGAUGAUGAGUGCGGCGGCGUAAUUCAGGCAUCUACGUCUUCCGCUGAACCUGACAUUCUGACGCGACCGUUUUACUUAAAAAGUGUGAUCAGUGAAUUGCGCGAGCUCUUGUCGGACGAAGUCUUCACAAGUGUUUUACUGACCCAUCGCGACGGUCUUGCGUCGGUGUGUGCGCUAGCCUACUUUAUACGCCUUCAUUCGCUCCUCGAUCAUACUGCACUGAUGAGUCUAUUUUCGUCAUUUCGACGGUUGAUCCCGAAUUUGUGGCAGUUGAUUACAUCUCUAAGCACAAAAGCUGUAUUUGGUACAACUCAGCCAAUUAUAUCAAUGCUUGAACGAGGUGAAAAUAUAUCGCAGGGCGAUGAGCAGUCGCUAAUAACAGCUCUGUCUUUGUUUAUAACGAUGAUGACGAAUGUACUGAUGACUGUUGACGAUGAUGACUUCCAAAACGGAGGGUUUGCUGAUGCCGCUGUCCCACUGACGCUCAGACAAAUUGCCGAUGUUGUUGUUCACUGUCGGGAUUUGACACUUGGCCUGAUUGAUCUUGCUUUCCCGGUGAACACUGCACCAUUCCAGAGUGUAUCGCAAGCCCCUCUGAAGAGCUCGAAGUGGUCCGAUUUGUUUCAGAAUGUGGCGAUGUUGACGAAGGCUUUGCAUGAGCGCGACAGCCGACUUCACUUUAUGCCUCAUAAUUUUUGGUCAAAUCAUAACAGGCGCGUUGUUUUAAAUUCUUCCUUAUGGCAAGGUGGACGAGGCCGUCGAUUUCGAAUGAGGCGUCCGUUUGAAUUUGUUCGGUUUUUGCUUCCUGGUGAAGGUUCGGAUACCGAAGAUCCACCAACUGCAAGCGAACUACGUGACCUUUCCAUUGUUCGCAGUAUUCCCUUCGUCAUUCCUUUCAUGCAGAGGAUUGAGUUCUCCUAUCACUGCAGAAAUCAGUCCUAA